AUGAGUCGAUAAUGAUAGCCCCUUGCAGCUGUCAAAGAUUUUAGGGUUUUUGUUUUUUUAGAGGGAGAGAGAAGAGGCGAGAGAGUUUUUUCCUUAACUUCCUUGUAAAUAGAUUAGUUAUCGAUCUUUUAAAUUUUUUUUUAAAAAAAAAAAAAAAAAAAAAAAAAAACCGACAACCCAGUAUAUAUGUACAGACGAGGAAAACAAGGCAGUAGAACAACAACCCGGUAAAGCAGACAGUAUAGACUGAGAAGAAUGGCGAACCAGAGUGUUGAGAAGACUGAGGAUGAACUCCGCAAAGAACUUGAAGCUCUUCAACGCCAACAACGCGAGAUUACUGAGCGUAUUAGGGAUCCAAGAGGGCUUCGUCGUGGCGGAUUCUCAGGCAAUGCUCAAAGGAACAAUCUUCCUAAUCAACGUCCUUUCACUCGACCUGGUGAAAGGUUUAAUUCAAAGGACGAGCCUCUUCCGAAGCGGCGAUUGAGUUCUGCAGUUGUUAAGGUGGAAGAUGGGGAGGUUGUUGAAGAAGAAAUCGCAGUCCGUUACAUGCAAAGUGAGGAUCCUGUUGCUGGUGUUUCUGGUCCGAUGGGAAAGAAUGAUCAAAGGUCUUCAGUUUCGCUGCAAAAUCGUCCAUUUUCUGCAAAAAUCGGCGAUGAACAAGUGGAUAAUGGACUUGAUCAUCAAGUUAAGGAGGUUCCAAGAGUGUUGCCAAAAGAUGAGGAUCCAAGGUUGGUUAAUAGGAAUCGGAGGAUGCUAGGUCAACUUUUGGGGACCCUGGAGAAAUUUAAGAAGGAAGACAUGAAGCUUUCAGGGACCGAGGCAUACAUGCGAAGAUCAGAUUCCUUGCAAAGAGCGGAGCAAAAGGCACGUGAAGAAAGUGAAAGGCUGAGGCAACAGGAGCGUGAAAGAAUUGCCGAAAAUAGGAAGCGUGAUUUGGUACUCAGGGCUCGUGUAGCUGCCAAGGCUGAAGAGAAGAAGAUGGAAUUGCUAUUUCUUCAAUGGAGCGAGCACCAUAAGAAGCUUACAAAUUAUUUAAGGACAAAAGCGGAGCCCCCUAUUUAUUACAUGCCAGCCAAGCCUAUUGACGAAAAUUCAGUAUUAAAUGAUGAAAAGAAAGAACAGGCAUUUCUGGAAUGGAAGGUUGCCAGGAGAGAGGAGCUUUCUGCGUAUCAGAAAGAAGUCCAUGAUCAGUAUAUUGCAAACGUUGAAAGGGAUCUUGAAAGGUGGUUGACUGCUAGAAAAUCAAGAAAUGCAAACAAUGAUGCAAACUUGCAGGAAACCAUGGACAAAGAGUUGGAAACACAUAGGCUGGAACAUGGGCCUAAGGCACGGAAAAUACCGGAUGCCAAUAAUGAAGAUGAAGAGGAGGUUGAAGAUAUAAACGUUGCCGAGGAUGAUAUGAUGGAUGAUGUCCUUGACCUUGAUGAGACUGAGAGAGUUGAUGAACAGAACAAGCGUGAUGAGGACGAUGGUAAUCCAUCUUUAAGCGUUGUGGAGUAGGGGAAUUAGAGGCAUAACUGUUCUAAACUGAUUUUUGUUUGGCUUGCUUCGAUUUUAAGUUUUAUGUAAAUUAUUUGACCUAUAUGGUUGGAACUGAUUUUUGUUUGGCUUGUUUGCUCUUAAGCUCAUUUUUGCAGCCAUGAUGUCUUUGGAUUGUUACUCUUUCUAGUCAGUCGAAUACUGCCUUGUUACUUGUUUGUGGACA